AUGGCAAAGACCCUCAAUUCCAUCUGCUUCACCGCUCUUCUGCUCGUUGUCUUGUUGAUUUCCGCCGAAAUCCCGAAGAGCGAGGCUCAGCCUUGUAACAGGUUUUUAGGCGAAGGCGCAGUGGCGAAUCCAUGCACGAACAGCGCCUGUCAAACUAGAUGCCCAGUGCAGUACCGCGGCUCAUGCAGAGCAACGUGUGAGCCUCACGACGGUGAACUGCAUUGCCAUUGCUAUGCUAGAUAA